GGGUGCAGGCGUCGCGAUGACCGCUUUGAGCCGGAGCGAGGCUGCCGAGGCGGGCAGCAACCAACAAAUGCACGGAAAGACAGCUUCUCUGAACAGUCCUGUGUCUUGCAAAGAGAAACCAGACAGAGUUGAGGAGCCCCCGGACUACAGUCUGCACUGGCCAGAAGGCUUGAAGGGUGAAGAGAUAAAGAAGUGUGGCCGAGAAAGGAUAACACUGAAUAAAUACAACCAGCAAUACCACAAGCUGUUUAAGGAUGUUCCCUUGGAGGAAGUGGUUCUCAAAGUGUGCUCCUGUGCCCUCCAGAGGGACCUCCUCCUCCAGGGCCGGCUCUACAUCUCCCCCAACUGGCUCUGCUUCCAUGCCAGCCUCUUUGGCAAGGAUAUCAAGGUGGUCAUUCCUGUGGUGUCUGUGCAAAUGAUCAAAAAACACAAGAUGGCACGGCUCCUUCCCAAUGGACUGGCCAUCACCACCAACACCAGCCAGAAGUAUAUCUUUGUGUCACUGCUCUCCCGGGACAGUGUAUAUGACCUGCUGAGGAGAGUCUGCACCCACCUACAGCCUUCCAGCAAGAAGAGUCUGAGUGUAAGAGAAUUUCCAGGGGAACCUGAGUCUCUGGAAGUCCUCAUCCCUGAGAUGAAGUGGAGAAAGGUAUGCCCUUCCUCCAGGUCCCUGUCUCUCCCAGACAACAUCCCUUGUAUCCCUCCAUCAUCCGUGGACACCACAGACAGUUUCUUCCCCUCCAGGAAGCCUCCAAUGUCUGAAAAGUCAAGAGCCCAAGUAGCUUCAGAAAAUGGUGGGAGGUGGGCAUGGCCCUUGCCAGGCUGGGGUCCUGCCUGCCCUAAGAAGAUGCCGAACUGCUCUCCCACUGCAAAGAAUGCUAUCUAUGAGGAGGACGAGCUGGAGCAGGAGCCCGGGAGCACUGGGGAGCUGAGGCUCUGGGAUUACCGGCUCCUCAAGGUCUUCUUUGUGCUGAUCUGCUUCCUGGUCAUGUCCUCAUCCUAUCUGGCGUUCCGUAUUUCUCGGCUAGAGCAGCAGUUAUGCUCCUUGAGUUGGGACGGCCCAGUACCUGGGCACAGGUAACAGCCACUUGGCCUUUGUCCCCAUUCCUUCUCCAAGAAGAAUGUUCUGGGUGCUAAGUCUCCACCAAUGAUCCCUGUGGUUUAUGCUGCUGCUGUGCUAAGACUGCCUAUGAAGGAAAAUAUUCCAGAUCCCUCCUCCCCCCUGCAGCUCUUCUCUUCCCUCUAUGAGAGAUCUGAAGUACCUUUUUACAAAGUAACUGGCUUCUACAAUUUUUGGACUCAAACAAAAAGCUAGAUUUUUUGGAACCAACUGAGGAAUUCUGUAUACAAAGCUUCAGCAACCACUUAAAUGAGAAAAAACAAACAAACAAACUGGGUCCUUGGAAACAGUUCUGGCACACAGGCAGAACACUGGAGGCCACCUCAAGGGACAGAGGCCAUGCUUUCAUAUUUGGAAUGUGGCUCUGCCACACAGCUCACUCCUAUGGUGGGGUCAGAGGUCAGAACACAAACCACCCAUGUUGGCUCUGCUCCCUCCCAAUACUCUGUGUUCCCACAGGGCUUCUCUGCGGGCAGCCAGGCACCUGUCAGGCUUGGGCAGGGGCCUGCUGAGAAGCUGUGAAUGCAGAGGGGAGGGCUCACGGCCAGGAUUCCAGCCAGAGAUGAAUUUCCAUGCUCUGGGCCAGGGCUCUGUGCCGGCCCCUCAUGAGGUGGCUGGCUGCAUUAUGGGGAGAUGCUGCCCAUGACGGAGAUGGGAAGCUGUGGAGAACAGAGGUACCCGAAUUCUGUGUCCUCAGCUGUCACUUUCUGGUGAGACAGGUGGAGCAGGGCCUUUGAUCACUGUGGUCACAGACCUGGUACUGGGUUUUGCCCUAGUGUGUGCAAACAUUUCUAAGGUGUCCCAAGCCCUGGAAACAGGGAAGGGAAGGGUGGAGGCUUGGAUCUGAGGUCUUGCUGUCCACUCCCUGCCUGCCUGCCCGGAUCUCAGGCAUGGCCAACAGCAGCCCGUUGAGGGGGGCCUGUCCGGACAGCUGCGUGUGAUGGUGUUGAGCCAUCACAGGGCAGAGGUCACUUGUGUCACCCCCGUAGUCACUGGGUUGCAGGCCAUGGAGGAGGGACCUCCACUCCAUGGGGCCUAGUCUCCAUUAAGGUGGAAGUGUCCACUGUGGGCCUAGUACAGUGCAGGAACCAGGCCAGGGGGUCUAUCUCAUACCUCUGGGGACAGGAAAGGUAGAGGAUGAGGAGGUUGGACGUGGUGGUGGUUUUGCCUUGGAUAUUCCUCUUCCUCUGUCAAGGCCUUCUCUUCUUCUCUGUGCCCCACAACUCUGGCCUCAUCGCCCUGGGACUCCCAUCUGCUAAGAUAGUGGCUUUGGAGGUUCUGGAAGGGCCUUAGUGAGGAGGCCAGAAGUAUCAGGGAAAGUUGCUGGUGAUGGGGCGGGCAGUGUCAGAAACAGCCACUGUUUUCCCCUCUUCAGACGCUGAGAGAUUAAUCAGGGAAUGAAAUCCAGGUGGAAAUUAUUUAUUGUGGAGCAGACGACUGUCUGUCCUGUUUAUGACAAACCCAAAUGAGGAUUGGAGGGACUACCAGUAGUGGUCUCUUCAUGUUCUCCCCAUCCCAGUUUUUAGGAUGAAACUUAGAGCCUGGCCUUUUGCACCAAAUCUGUAUGUCUCAGGUGAAACUCACUGUUCCAUGAACAGCCAUCCUUUUUUUUUUUGGAACCAGCCCCUUUCACCCUUUCAUCCGUCUUUUUUAGGAAAAUAACCCUUCUUGCUUCAGUGCUUCUCCCUGGUCCUUGCUGAAAGACAGAGAUAAAAAUCCAUUCUCUGAGUCUUGGUUGGUUGUCAGAGGCCAUGAGAGGUGCCAGUUAUAGGUGGAUGUGCCAAGAUGCUGGUGAACUUGGUCUUCAGCUAUACCCAGGCUCAGAAAGGGCAAGAGCCAUGCUGCAGGGUAGGUGACUUUGGAGGUGCACUUGGGGCCCAGGACUUUGAGUGUUGUGGGUGUGCCUGUCCCUCCAGAUGGCGCUCUGUUUCUCCCUGUUGUCCCCCUGCCUGGUCCUCUGGGGCCACUGUGCCUUCUGCUGUGUGCAUUUAUAAAUGAUGUGUAUUUUAUAUAGACCUGCUUUCAUUGGCUGAUGCUCCUCUAAUUCCCUGAGUUUGGUUCAACCACCCUUCGGUUGUUUUGCUAUGGCCUUAGCCUUUGACAAUAUUUUAAAAUAAAAAACUUGAUUUUUCUAGUGUAUUAUGGGAUAGAAAGUUCAUUUUUAUCCUCUGACUACUCACUACAGGUACUCUUACUGACAUACUCAGCCCCCAGGAGACUGAUGGAGCCCAAGUCAUUCCUAUAAUCCCAAGUACUCUGCAAAUCUCAAAGGACUUGGCACAUGGGGAAGAGUGAGGGUGGCCACAGCAAACCCCCACAGCCCUCUGCCUCUGUUGGGUGGACACCAGGAAUACUUACCCAU